UGCGCAGGCGCCUAUUGCGCCUACCAAGCCACCUUUUAAACGUACCCGGAAAUGACGCCUGUAAUGCUGAGACAGACUCUCAGAAGAUCUGAGCGAGUCGCGUAGCUGAGCCCAGCAGGGGCUGGGGUCGUCCUGCUGCUAUGAGCUGCACCAUCGAGAAGAUCCUGACAGACGCCAAGACGCUGCUGGAGAGGCUGCGGGAGCACGAUGCGGCCGCCGAGUCGCUGGUGGAUCAGUCGGCAGCGCUGCACCGGCGGGUAGCCGCUAUGCGGGAGGCGGGGACAGCGCUUCCGGACCAGUAUCAAGAGGAUGCAUCCGAUAUGAAGGACAUGUCCAAAUACAAACCUCACAUUCUGCUGUCCCAAGAGAACACACAGAUUAGAGACUUGCAACAGGAAAACAGAGAACUGUGGAUUUCCUUGGAGGAACACCAGGAUGCUUUGGAACUCAUCAUGAGCAAGUAUCGGAAACAGAUGUUACAGUUAAUGGUUGCUAAAAAAGCUGUGGAUGCUGAACCAGUCCUGAAAGCUCACCAGUCUCACUCUGCAGAAAUUGAGAGUCAGAUUGACAGAAUCUGUGAAAUGGGAGAAGUGAUGAGGAAAGCAGUUCAGGUGGAUGAUGACCAGUUUUGUAAGAUUCAGGAAAAAUUAGCCCAAUUAGAGCUUGAAAAUAAGGAACUUCGAGAAUUAUUGUCCAUCAGCAGUGAGUCUCUUCAAGCCAGAAAGAAAAACUCAAUGGACACUGCUUCCCAAGCCAUCAAAUAACUGAACUCUGAAUGAUGGCUGGAGAUUGUCUAUCAAGGAAGGAAGUUACUGUCUUCCCAUUCAAGUACUGUCCAUUAAGUGUCUUGCCUCAGAUUUGAUUUAAUUAAAGGUAUCAGGUGGCAAUUUAGAAUUCCAGUCAAUAUUGGCUGUCCACGGUUCUCAGAUGUGUUAAUGUGAAUACUACAUGCUGAAUUUCACCAUUCCUUUUGCAAAGAGACUACUUUUAAUUUUCAUUUCUGGGACCUUGAUUUACAUAAACUGUUUUCAGUUCAUUGUUAUUUUUCACAUCUCUGAAACUUUGAGCAUUUUUUAUAAGCCAGCAAUUUAUUUUACAUAGCAUUGUAAAAUACACUUCUAGGAAAUUUUAGGAAAGAUUUAACUUUUUAAAUCUAUUUGGCAUAAACCUUGAUUUUUUUUUCCAUUUGACAAAAAUAAUACAAUUCCACAGAACUAGAUCAGCAGAUUCUCUGAUUUGUAAUGUCAUUCACCUGUGACGUUUUAAGUCUCUCUGGUGCUAAGAAUUGGCACUUUAUAGCCUGGUGCCUUUACUUUUAAUUUGAGAGAACCUACUGCUAGUCCCAGGAAACAUACUUGGAAAUAAGUCAGCUAUUUUUUUUUUCCCCAAUGAUGCUAUAGUUGUCAUAUUGUUCAAAGUUUAUACUGUUCAAAGCUGAGGAGCUUGUCCUGUGUAUGUGCAUGCACACAUGUGCACUUAAUUCAAAUGCUAAAAGUAGCUUUUAUUAAAUAUAAUCAGCCAAAAACACACAAAAAAGUCAAAAAACCAAAUAUAAGUAGUUUUUCAAUGUUAUCCUACUAGUUCUACAUUCUAUUUUAAUUUUUAUACAAUUUCCAUUUUAUAGUUAAGAACCAUCACUUACUUGGUUUGGAUAUCUUUCAUUCCUAGCACUAAUAGUUGGCUUUCUUUUUGUUUACAUAGAAGCAGUUUUUUUUUUUUAUCUUUUUUCUUUUUUUUUUUAAGCUACAUAAAAAGGUGAGGAAGCAGUUUUGUCACCUAAUGAAAAUUAUUAUACUCAUAAUGCUGUGUAGGCAACAUUGAGAUUCAAAUGCCCAGUGGUCAACUGGGUUCACUCAUCAACUCAUUCCCGUCCCAGUUUACUCACAUUUCAAAUUUAUAAAUUUCUUCAUGUUAUACUAUUCUAUUUAGAUUUGCCCAGAAUUAGUUGAAAUAAUGCUAAACCUGUCAAUAUUUUCCAGUAACAUUAAGGACCAUACUGCAUGAGAGAGACACAGUAUUAAAAAGAGUUGUUAGUGCUUUA